CCUGGAAGCAGUUCCUUUCCGAUGAGCAACUCAAAUGGCUGAGCCAUGUCGGCUUCGACGCCUGCUCUGUCGUUUCCCGUAGCCUUGGCGGGGGCAGCUGGCCUGGCGCUGGGCUUUGCUGUAGCCAGGCUUUUGCCGCGCAGAGCAUCAAGAGGCGAAGGUUCCGAGGCGAGCGAUGAGCGUCCAGGCGCCGAGCCCUCCUCACCCGGCGCCUCGCCCGCCUCGCCCGGCGCUGCCUCGCCUGCCGGUGGCGCUGCCAAGCGCGAGGUGAUCUGCCGGGAGGCGCUCAGCUGGAUCCGGGAGCAGGAGACCUUCCCGCCAGGGUCGAUGGUGUUCACCUCCCUGCCGGACAUCUCGGAAGUGGUGGAGUUCGCGCCCCGCUUCGAGGACUGGGAGGCGUUCUUCGGCGAGGCGGCGGCGGCGGUCCUGGCGGCGCUGCCCGGAGGGGCGGUGGCGGUGUUCUACCAGACGGACGUGCGGGUGCCGGGACUGGGCCAGGUGAGCAAAGCCCACCUGGUGCUGUCCGCCGCGCAGAAGGUGCCUUCGGUGCGCCUGAAGUGGCACAAGAUCUGCCACUCGGGCAGCUCCCGGCCCACUUGGAAUGCCUUGCAGUUCAGCCACCUGCUGUGCUUCGCCAAAGGGAGCGACAGCCAAGCGCGGGUGGGUGUCAAAGGCGCCCCGCUGGAUGAGGUCCAGGACCUGGGCUCCACCAUCCCGGACGUCUUGGAGCGGGGGCCGAAGCCCGCGGGUCUCCGAAAGGGCGCCUGCUGCAUGGGCAGCAACGCCACCGCCGAAGUGAUCAAGUGGGCGAAGCGGCGUCUGCCAGGCCUCCGCGUGGUCAUCGACCCCUUCUGCGGCGCUGGCACGGUGCUUGCGGUGGCCAACGAGUUUGGGCUGGAUGCCGUUGGCGUCGACAUUUCGCCCAAGCGCAUCAAGCAGGCGCGACAGCUCCAAGGUGCGCCGCUGCUUGCCUCCUGGCAGCCCGUGAGAAGCCUUGAGCGCCGCGUGUCGCGGGCGAGAAAAAUGGUGCGAGACCGCCUAAGGGCCGGCCUGCACCCGCUGUACUCGGGGCAGUCGAUGCUGACAUUCGAGGGCGAGCAGUUCCAAGGUGCGGACUCGAUCGUGCAGAAGAUCAUGAGCUUGCCCUUCACGAAGGUGCAACACCAGAUCGUGAAGUGUGACUGUCAGCCCACCCCCAAUGAUGGCGUGGUGAUUUUCGUCACCGGGAACCUGCUAGUGGAUGACAACGCCAAUCCGCUGAAGUUUGCUCAAAUAUUCCAGCUCCUGAAGGGGCCGACUGGGAACUACUACUGCCACAACGACAUGUUCCGGCUGAACAUCGGCUGCUUUCAGUUUGGGGGUGACCUGGAGGAGAUGCAGGCACAGACUCUGCCAGCCACUGCCCCCGUAGCUGCUGGGAAGGCUGGCUUGCAAGCCAAUGUAAAGCUCGAGGCCUUCAAGAAGUCCAUCGAGAGCCACAAAGACAAGCGAUUCAACAACUACCGGGAGCGGUGGUCGGAGUCGCAGAAGUUGAGCGACCAGCUGCGAUCUCAGGACAUUCCGGAGGAGCAGAAGGAAGUCAUCAAGAAGAACUAUGCGGCUCAGCAGGAUGCAUACUGGAGAGACAGCCGCAAAGAGAUCACCAUCAGCGAUUUUGAGCUCCUCAAGGUGAUCGGGACCGGCGCCUUCGGGAUCGUUCGGCUAUGCCGGCACAAGGGCACCGGAGAGAUUCGUGCCAUGAAGCAAAUGAGCAAAAAGGAGAUGGUCUACAAGAACCAGGUUCAGCACGUCAACGCUGAGAAGGAUGCGCUGAGCGUGGCAAAGGAUGAUUGGGUCAUUGGCCUACACUACACCUUCCAAGAUGACACCUACCUCUACAUGGUCAUGGAUUACUUGCCUGGCGGCGAUCUCAUGACGCACCUCAUGCGGAAGGACACCUUCACGGAGGAGGAGACGCGGUUCUACAUUGCGGAGCUGGUUGAGGCCAUCGACUACAUCCACACGAACUUGCACUACAUUCACCGUGACAUCAAGCCGGACAACAUCCUCUUUGACAUCGACGGCCACAUCCACUUGCUGGAUUUUGGCCUUUGCAAGUACCAGCCGCCGGAGCCUUCGCAGGGUGCAGGAGCCGGCGGGAUGCCGCUGACGGAUCCCUGCCCGUCCUCCAACUGGAAGGCGCGGCACCCCCCGCGGGAGAAGAUGCAAUCCGUGGUUGGUACGCCAGACUACAUGGGUCCGGAGGUGUAUCGGAAGGCCCCCUACGGCAAGGAGUGCGACAUGUGGUCUCUGGGGAUCAUCAUGUUCGAGAUGCUCUUCGGGGGCCCGCCAUUCAGCGAUGAGUGCCACGAUCCCUCGGUGACCUCCGGCCGCGUCAUGCACUGGCGGCGGUGGUUCAAGAUACCGCCGGACCCCAAUGUGAGCCAAGAGGCGCGGGACUUGCUCCGCGGCCUCAUUUGCGACCCUGAGGAUCGUUUGAUCGCCGACCAGAUCCGGCGCCACCCCUUCUUCCGGGGUUUGGACUUCAAGAAGCUGCGGUCGAUGAAUCCGCCGAUCAAGCCUGUUGUCAAGGGUCCUUUGGACACUUCCAACUUCGACGACUUCAGCGGAGUGGACGAGAAGUUUGUGAUUGCCAAGGAGAGGCACAAGGUGACGGGGGAUCGGGUCUCCAACGCGGCGUUUCAUGACUACGGAUACCGGCGCGAUUUGGAGGCGAAGAAGCCGUCGAUCUCGGCAGCGCUGAGUUCAGCGAGUGUCGUGGCCAAGCAGGAUGCCAUGGCCGCGGCCAUGUCGCAACCGGCGGACCAGUUGGCCACCUUGCCGGUGGCGCCGGCGUACGCAGGGGUGCCGCAGCCCGGAAGGGACCGCAUCAUGACGGCGCCGGCGGUCGCAGGCGAUGGAUGGUAUGUCCAGGGUGACUGGUAUUGCAAGCAGCCCAGACUGGUUGUUUGCCUGGCGGCCCUGGGCAUUUGUGCCCAUGUCUUCCUCAGACCCGUCGACCAAAGACGUGUGAGCCAGCGAUCGCGCCGAGUGGCGCGGGGUGCCGAGGGCGAAGGGGACUGGAGGGAGUUCCGGGCGCGGCUGGUGCAACAGGAGCUCAGCAGAGAAGCGGAGGUGGACGCCAUCUCGUUGAAGAAGGCGGAGCAGUGGGCCUAUGAGAGUCCCAUCAUCGAGCAGGGCUCCAUCCUGCUGUCGGCGCCCAGCGACCACUUCUGCAUGAACCAGCAGUACUUCCACAAGAACGUGAUCUUCCUGGUGCGACACAGCGAUGAGUUCACCAUGGGGGUGAUCCUGAACCGACCCACCGCCUUGAGCACCAACGACAUUGAGUCGGAGGCGGCCCUCGGUUUCUCCCAGGAAAUGGACGACUGGAACGUGUGGUGCGGCGGCGAUUGCCAGGGUAUCAACGACCGCGGCAGCCGGGUGCCCUUGGAGUACUCGGUGCUCCAUGGCAUGGAGCAGCUCGCGGAAAGCUCCCAGACCAUCACCCAGGGCGUCUACGCCAUCGAGCUUGACAAGGCCAAAGAGCUGGUAGCGGCAGGGGAGGUGGACAAGGACGACUUCUUGCUGCUGGUGGGGUACUGCGGCUGGGCCAGCGGGCAGCUGCAGGGGGAGUUGGACCGGGGGGAUACCUGGACCAUGGCCUCCGUGGACCCCCGGUCCCUGCUGGGCCAACUGCGGGACGAGCAGGCGGCGCUGCGGAAGCGCUUGAGCGCCGCGGAGCACGGGGACGUCUUCACCUCCAACGACGUGGGGGAUGGCCUGGACAUGUGGGAGCGCCUGUACCGGGCGCUGGGACCAAAGUAUGAGCAGAGGCUCACAGACUUUGAAGCCACCGGGGAGAAUGAGCAUGCGGACGAGAUGCUGCGCACGUGGAUCAACCGCUGCCUCAUCCCCCAGCAGUACAAUGUGGAGAAGGAGGUGCCUGAGGGGGAGGAGAGCAGCUUGAUCCCCAACGGCGCGGUGCUGCGGGGCUCGGCCAGGCACUGGCUCCUGGGCAAGCCCACAGAGGCCAAGAUCUUCCACCCGCAGGACUUCCUGCCGGCGCAGUACUUCCACAAGGCGGUGGUGCUGGUGAUCAAGAACGAGCUGAGCGGGGUGCUGCUGGCGCUGCUCAACGGCCCGGUGGUGCACACCAAGUCCCAAAUCACCUGGGGCGGCCCCCAAGGAGCAGGGGUCACGUACGAGGUGCAGGACGAAGAGAAUAACUUGAAGGGCUUCUUCCAGGGCUUCACGGUGCUGCACGGCAUGGGCACCUUGGAGCGCCUCGUGGAGCUGGGCGCGUUGGAGCUCACCGAGGCCAGCCUCCAGGAGCUGCUGAGUGUGGAGCCCGAGGAGCGGUGGCGAGCGGCGGGGGGGCAUCUGAGGACGCUGAGGGAGACGGAGCUGGCGCAGCUGGGGGACAAGCAGCGGAGGAAGUGGUUCAAGCGCUUCCUGGACCUGGUCACACUCGCAUAUGGCCAUGAGCUCAUGGAAGUGGACUCAGUGCUUUUCGAGAGAUUUCUGAAGGCCCGGCCGUUUCUGCUGUCGACUUUUGCCCGAGUCUCCGCCAGAGGCCGGCCCAAUGGCCCGGGCAUCCAGGCGGGUCGGGUAGGACAGCCAGCGAGACCCAUGGGCGUGGUGCCUGUGGGCCAUGUGGGCCAUGUGGGCGCGGUGCCUAUGGGCUAUGUGGGUCAGGGCGGCUUCUCUCCCCAGAUGCUGCCGCAAAUGAUGCCCGGGCAGCCGUUGCAGCAGAUGAGCUGCCCCGCAGACUUGCAGCAUUGCCUGCCAAGGUCUGGGCAUCCUCAUGGAAUGUGA